CAACUUUUGGUAUGCGUUUUCUUUCAUUCGUUAAGAUGCAUGCUGCCCUCUCUUCGCAAGACAACUAUUUCAACACCAACCUCAUCCAUCAUCAUAACUUUGCAUGCUUUUCUUGGAGUUUUUGAAAAAUUACUACUAUAGAAUUUAAGAAUUAGAACGAAAGCACAUCUUUUGCGAUUUAUGGAAUAGUAAAAUUAUAAAGAUACCUGGUUUCCUCUCCUACUCAACUGACUAUGCAGAGUCCGCAGAAAAGUCCACAACAGCCUUUUACUUCUAUAAAAUUUCAAGAACCAAGUAGAUACAACUCUAAUGGAGAAUCAAAUUCACCGUCAAGCGUCAAGAAGUUGCUCAAUGUUGACACACGACCAAGCCAUCGAAAAGGACAUCAUCAUAGACAUUCUUUAUCCCAUCAAUAUUUUCUACCUCCUAAGAAUCGGAAGCCAUUAAGCUUCCCUGCCACUUAUCCAAUUCCCACAAUUGCCGAAUCGUUUUCCAUCCUUACUUGGAGGCAAAGGCUAAAAUUAAGUAGCUCCAUAUUAUUUUUUCUUGCUGCUGUUUUUGUCUUUUUGUCUGGUGAUGCUACUGUACUGCUUUCAUUGUCGUGUUCACUUAUAGUAGAAGGGGUUUUAAUUAUACUAAAUGUUUGGCGAGAGACCUUGGAUUGUUUUGUGGUUUGGCGAAGGACAUCUCUUCGUUAUCCUUUUGGUUUGCAGCAAGUAGAGCUGUUAGCUGAUUUUGCAUUUUCUAUUUUAUUGCUAUUUCUUGGACUAAAUCUUCUGAAAGAACCAGCGGAACAUGCCAUUGAAGACUGGGGAAAUAUUGAACACCUAGAACAUUCAGGAGCUGAAGUUGCUUAUAUCCGAUCUACUUUUUCUAUCUUGAUAGCUUUACUUCUUUCAGGUACUGCUCUCUUAUUUGAUCACUCUCAUAUGCACAGCCAACGCUUAGAUUCGCGCUUCUUUCAUGGUUUAACACUUGUUCCCUCUUUGAUUCUUUUCGUCCUCAAAAGUCUGGGCGUUCAAGUUGGUUCACUACUCAGCCAUAUAUUUGCUAUAAGUAUUGCGGUCACGGCGGUAAUUGCUGGUUUCUCCAUUGCCAAAUCUUUAUCCAUGUUGCUUUUAUUAACUUAUUCGAAUAAAGAUAAAGUUUUCCAGUGCAUCUCGCUCAUCAAGGAAGACAGCCGAAUAGAGCAACUUAAUUCUGCUACCAUUUGGCAGCCUCAUUACAAUAUGUGCAUCGCUAAUAUUUGCAUAACUGUUCGCGGCAGUGAGCGUGAACAGCUAUCUAUACGUGAAGAUGUUAUGAAAAUUAUUCAAAAAACAGUCGGCAGUAUAUUCGGCGCUGGUGUUCAACCUAAAUGGGAAAUCACUAUCGAUAUUCAGAGGAUUUAAUUUGGCCUUCUAUUCAGGCUAAUAAUGUUUACAUUGUACUGUCUAAUUAUUUUCCACUUAAUCUUACACACUCGUUUAUGUUUAUUAUUUACUAUUUAGAUUUCUUUGUUUUGUAAAGUUGUGGGGUUAUGCAUGUCUCUUUGUUAAUUAAUCUUUUAUCUUAAAUCAAUUUACUGUGCUCCAGAUUUUGAUAAAAAUAUAAAAUAAAAUAAAUAAAUGAAGCUACUUUGUCGGUA